AUGGGCAGGCUCUUCGAGUCAUAUAAAUUUGGUAUAAAUACAAAUGGUGUUCCAUAUGAUUUGCAAGUUGAGAUCGAAAGAGCGUCUUGCGGACAUCCGGCAUCCUUUAUGAUUCUGUUAAGGCUUUUUAGUGAUAAUUUACCAACCAUUGGACAGUGGAAAAAAGCGUUACAUGAAAACCUUUCUAAGUAUAUUAAUGGUACUCAUAUCACAUUGAAAAAUGAAAUAGACAAUAUGAAUACUCAUGAAAGAAAGUAUAUUCGUAGUCUUACAGAAUAUAUGGCAGAUCGUUGGGAAAUAGAUUUAAAUAACUUAACUGAUCUGGACAAAAAAUUACUUGACAUCGGAAUUCUUUACCUCGUAGACUCAAAUUCAGUUGCGUUUACGAGUUAUAUUAUUUUGCGUGUUUGUAUCGAUGCCCUUUUCCCCUCACCUUCAAGACCUAUACCAAAGAAAGAAGUUCCAGAUAAUCCUGUUGAUUUACUAGCGCUUGGAUUAAGCUGGAUUAAUCCUACCAUAGUUACUGAUAAAAGAGUCCAAAAUAAAGUAGGUAUAUCAGAAAGGAUUAUGCAAGCGUCACUUUUUUGUGUCUUUAAUGGCAUAUUACCUAGACCAAUGAUGUGCUUACUUGAGAUGAAAGGCGAAGGUAGAACACGACUUGAUUUGAUGAUAGUUGAUGGCGACAAAAAUUUGGUAGCUUAUUCGCUCAAAUGUAACAAAAUAUCAUCAAAUGACUUUGAGAAACCAAUUGAUCAAGCUCAAAUGUACGCUGGUCAUUUUGACAUGGGUAUAUCCCUUGUUAAUUUUUUUUUAAGCGGCCAUAAACCGCCUUCAGUUCUCGAUAAUAUCACAGAAGAAAUAUUUAUAAUUAAUAUCGAAUAUAAUAGUGCAUGCACACAAUUUACAAUUACAUUGCAAUCGGAUCCUGAUUAUUCUAAAGUAGUUGAUAUUAAGAGUUAA